AUGCAACCCUUCAAUUCCAGUCAAAUAGAGGUGUUCAAUUUGACAGCAGUCAGGAUUGGAUCACCCUUUCAAGAAAUCGGAAGGACGGGGGUGGACGCCACUACUAUAGCGCCCUUUCAGAUGAACCAAACAACAAAGAAGUCAAUUAGAGAGCUGUUCUACAAUGGAACCGGAUACUACAUCGAUGAUGAGGGCGACACAGGACUGAACGAUCUUCAAACUGUAUUCCUGGCUUGUAUAGCAACCCUCAUACCACUGGUUGUUAUACUUCUCACAGCGUUUGGGAUAAGGAUAUUAUGGAACAGGUACAGAAGGCGUAAGGAGAAUAUCAUACAAUACGACGGCAUUUUGCAUAGAGAAGGAACAUCAGAAUCAAUGGCAAGGCCGUUACAUGCACAUCUUCUCACUGAUAAGCCUUGUGGAGAUACCCAUCUGGCCAUAAACACGGAGGACGUGGAGGUAUGCGAUGGUACUGAAAUAAAUAGUCAAAUUCGAAGCAAUAAUCACUCCAGCACCAACGGCAGCAUCAUAACAAUGACGUUGAAGAACAACCACUUAAUCGUGGAGACAGAGGAGAGAAAUGACAUAGAACAGGACAGCAGGGAGACCACCAUGAAGUACUGCCCCGGCGCCAGAAACGGCGUGUUCGUCGUGGAGGUGCAGCAAGGUGUGAGGAGGAGCCCUGGGUCAGGGGGGCCAACUUCUUGCGCAGAACCAGAGGUUUCAGUUUCGAUCAGUGACCAAUGCGCGUUGGUGCACAAUCCCCCAGAUAGGUACAGCGACGAGGAGACCCUAGAAGAGUGCGACGACAGCGAGUACUACAUGGAGACGGCAUCCCCCAACACGGAGACCCCAGACUCCCUUUGCGCCCAACUGAAAACCGGUUUGUCCCAGUCAAACUCGAGCCUGACCCGCCCCUCCUACUGCUACACCACCCAGCAGUGCUACGACACCGGCGGUCGCGGCUACAACGUCUACGCCGGCUACGUCAACGACGAGCCGCUCGGCCGGCUGCCCGACGACACCCGACCGAAGAUAAUGGCGGCGGUGUACAAGAACACGUCGCGGAUACACUGCAACAGCGUGGACAUACCCUUAGCCACGCUGAACGGACUCAAGGAGGCCAUCAACGAUAUCGAGAAGUCGUCCGACGAGGAGCAGGACGAGCAGCAGAGGCGGCUCGAUAGUCUCAACCUGCUGAAGGCGUCCCCCAGGUUCGAAAAACCAGCGGCGGAAGCGGAGACGGGGUCUGCGGACCACGAAAAUAGGGGGGUCGGUUGCAACGACUCGGCCAAAAGUUAA